UGUUCUUCAUAGGUUUCUUAAUUUUCAUCCUGAAGUAUCAACAGAAGAAAUGGAGAAUUUAAAAGCUUUAUCUUCUCUAUCCCCAAACAAAUCCCUAAAAUCGAUAUUCUAUUAUUUUUUGCCUACAGCAAUCUUUUAUUUCUUACUCCAUUUGUCCCUCGCUUUCACUUUUCUUGUGUUUCCCCUCUUCUUUCACUGAAACUUUCCAUCUCGUUUUCUUUCUUGUGCUUUUUUUUUUGGGUCGUAAUUAUACCCUUUUUUUCCUCCGAAAAAAAAAACGCAUUGUUUUUAUUGGGAUACGGUUAUUUUCAUAAAACGGUUACGUUUUCAGGCGAUAGUUUGGAAUCGUCGCGGCGGUUAGGUUUACUCUUCCUUUUUUCUGUCAUCUGCACUCUUGUAAUUUGUUAGGAUUUCCCAAUAUUUCUCGUUACCCCUUUGGGGUUCAAUUCCUAGCAGCUGGGAACUUAUAAUCGAAAUUUCAUCUAGGGUUUUUGAUUUUAUCCCCAAUUUAUUGUUAUUCAGUGAUAUUUUCCCGAAUUUAAGUGGCAUGUGGGCGUUAAGUUUUACUUUGGAGAGUUCUUUUUCCUCUGUUUUCCCGAGUUGUUGAUUUGAAAACAGGGCUGGAAUUUUUCUAUUUUUAUUUUAUUUUAUUGGGAACUACGACUGUCAUUUGAGAUUGCAGAAUCAGUAAUCUGCAAAUCCAUCUUUUAAUAAGAAUGGAAGAGUAGGGAGACUUAAUUAUAUAGCCUCCUGAUUGACGCCAUUGUUUUCGUCGACACGGCUUCGUAGUUGUGAUAUAAUUCUUUUUCGUUUGAUCAAGCAAUCUCUUGGCCAUUGGUUAAGAGUUUGGGAGUAUAGUGUAGGAAGAAAAUCAAUUUGGUAAGGGUUUGAAGAACGUUGGAGAAGUCCCCCCCCCCCCUUUUCGUUUCUCUUCUCUGAUGAUCGUAUUUAAUAUCCCUUAUGGAAAGAAGAGAACCAACUUUUGUUCCAGAAUGGUUGAAAAGUAAUAGCACUGUUACUGGUGGUGGCAACUCGGCUCACAACUUUGCUUCCUCUUCUUCCCUCUCAGAUUUUUCUUCAGGGCAUCAUGGGAGACAGAGAAACUAUAGGAAUGUAAGUGAUUUUGAUUCCCAUAGUUCAUCAUUUUUGGAUCGGUCAUCUUCUUUGAAUACACGGAGGAGUUCGAGUAAUGGUUCUGUGAAGCAUGCAUACAGUAGCUUUAGUAGGAGUCACCGCGAUAAGGAUCGGGAGAGGGAUAAAGUGAGGUUGAACUUUGGGGACCAUUGGGACUUUGCUGAUUCUGAACCUUUAGAAAGUCUGUUAACCAGUAGGGUUGAAAUAGAAACGUUGCACCGUUCAAAUUCUAUGUUCUCUAGGAAACAAGAUGAGCUUUUGUCUAGAAGGGUUGGGCUGGAUGCUAGAGACAGUAUUAACGGUAACCAUAACAAUGGCAAUGGUCUGCUUUCUGGGGGUGCUGUUUGGAAUAGCAACCACAAGGCUGUGAUUGAGAGGGAUUUUCCCUUGCUUGGAACUGAAGAUAGGCAAGUGGUGCCUGAGAUAACUAGAGUUUCGUCUCCUGGUUUGAGCUCCGCUUCUCAGAAUUUGCCGGUUGGUAGUUCAGCUUUGAUUAGUGGAGAUGGAUGGACCUCAGCUUUGGCAGAAGUUGGGCUGGAUGCUAGAGACAGUAUAACGCAAGUGGUGCCUGAGAUAACUAGAGUUUCGUCUCCUGGUUUGAGCUCCGCUUCUCAGAAUUUGCCGGUUGGUAGUUCAGCUUUGAUUAGUGGAGAUGGAUGGACCUCAGCUUUGGCAGAAGCCCCCAGCAUGGUUGGAAGUAGUAACACGGGUUCCUUGACUACCCAUCUAACUGUUUCCACCUCAAGUUCUGUGACUCCAACUGGCACAUUUGGUCUUAAUAUGGCUCUAGCACUAGCACAAGCUCCUUCACGGUCCCAUACUGCUCCUCAGUUAUCUGUCAAGACUCAAAGGCGCAAGGAACUGGCUAUUAAGCAAUCAAAGCAACUAAUACCAGUGACACCUUCAAUGCCCAAGGGUUCGGUUCUCAAUUCUGUGGAUAAAUCAAAGGGCAAACCAGUCAGCAGAACAAGUGAGAUAAAUAUAGCUGUGAAGAGAGGGCAGCAGCAACCUUCUUUAAUUCAUCAUGGUAAUCUGUCUCCUCAUGGUGAACAAGUCAAGUCUGAUAUGCCGAAAACAUCUGGGAAGUUUUUGGUUCUCAAACCGGGAUGGGAGAAUGGGGUCUCAUCCUCUACUCAAAAAUAUGUUGUUAGUCCAACAAGUAUGAACACCAAAGUUACAGUUAGCACACAUGCUGUUGAUCCCGCAAGAAACUCUAACAGCCCAAAGCUUUCUGCGGGGGGACAUAAGGCAGCUGCCUUGAAUUCAGGAGCUGGGUUCACUGCAGAAAAGAGACCCUCUUUGGCUCAAACCAAGAGCCGAAAUGACUUUUUUAAUCUGCUGAAGAAGAAGACGUCAUCAAAGACUUCUGCUGUUCUCUCAGAUUCACACCAUCAUAUCGCAUCUUCCACCUUAGAGAAAUCUGAAGUUACAAAGGAAGUAGUAAGUGCCUCUUCAACUUCUCAUGCUAAUGAAAAUGGUAUUGCUGAAACCAACAUUGGUGAUUCCUGUCAAGAGGAUCAACGAUUUGCUGAUGAUAGUGAAAAGGAUAUGGGAUCCGCUUCUAUGAUCUAUCCAGAUGAGGAAGAAGCUGCCUUUCUUCGUUCUCUUGGCUGGGAAGAGAACUCUGGUGAAGAUGAAGGCCUUACAGAAGAGGAGAUAAAUGCUUUCUAUCAGGAGUACAUGAAACUGAGGCCAUCUCUGAAACUGAGCCGUGCCAUGCAGCCAAAGCUGGCUCAAUCUUUUGCAACUGAUUUGGAUGGAGCUGCUUCUGAACUGAGCUCGUCUGACUCUGGAUCCGAAGCUUGACUUUCUUUGUCCCUACAUGGUACAUCCAAAGUUUUAUUUUUUUAAAAA